AUGGUAAUAGGACGAUACGAGGUUAUUGAUAGCUUUAGGGUAAAGGAUAUAAUCAAUCAUAGACUUCAUUUUGAAGUUCCUCUUUCAUACUAUGAAAAAUCAGAUCAGAGAACGAUUUCGAUUGUGGCUAAUUUAACGCAAAAGUUUAACAAAGCAGUCCAUUCUGAAGAAGAAUGUAGUGGUAGAAAGACGAUUCUUCCAGAAGAUGCUAAGAUUAUUUCAUAUAUUCAGGGUGGGCCUGGGUUUCCGUGCGAGGUACCAUUGACUAACUCGGGAUUCACUAAGGUUUUGCUUGAGAAAGGGUAUCAGAUCCUCUACCUUGACCAGAGAGGUACAGGAUUGAGUACUCCGUUAGAAGUUGACACAAUGAACAUGCUUGUGCCCAAAACGGAGGGUACUUCAGAAAAGGAGUAUGCUGAAAAGCAAUUGAAAUUUAUACUCAACUUUAGAGCUGAUUCGAUCGUUGAAGAUUUUGAAGUGGUAAGGAAGGCUUUAAUUGGAGAAAAUGCUAAGUGGUCGAUUUUAGGACAAUCUUUUGGUGGUUUUUGUUGUUUUACUUAUCUUUCGAAAUACUCUACAUCGUUGAAAGAAGUAUUGAUAACUGGAGGGGUUCCACCAGUUAACUUGGGGCCCGAGGAUGUUUAUCGUGCUACGUACGAAAGAACCAGGGAACGUAAUAUACAUUACUAUGAUAAAUAUCCGCAUGAUAUACAUAAAGUCAAGGCUAUCUUGAAAUAUUUAUCGGAAAAUCAAGUCGAGUUACCUAAUGGAGGCGUGUUGAGCGUAGAAAGAUUUCAACUGUUGGGCUUGAUCUUUGGUGGAAAUGGUGGUACCGAUUCGCUUCAUCAAAUUGUAUUAAAAUUUCAUUACGAUUUAAAUUUAUGGGGAAAGCCAACUUAUCAAAUUUUAAGUGGUAUUCAAAACAUCUUAGGUUUUGACACAAACGUGUUGUAUGCUUUAUUUCAAGAAGCUAUAUAUUGUGAUGGUAAUAACGCUAAUGUUACAAGUUCUAAUUGGAGUGCUGACAGACUUAGACACUUCCCAGAAAGAAGAAACUUUGUUUAUACCGAUACUGUCGAUACCGAAGAACCAGUGUAUUUUACGGGAGAAAUGGUAUUCAAAUCCAUGUUUGAUGACUUUUCUGAAUUACGGCCCUUUAAGAACUUGGUAUCUGCUUUGCAUGAAAACGUAUAUUGGUCCCCUUUAUAUGAUGUUGAAAAAUUAAGGACUAUAACAUGGGAUAAAGUACCAGUCGUUGCUGCAACCUACUACUAUGAUCAAUACGUUGAUUUUGAUACCACCAUGCAAGUUAAGAAGAACGUGUUUAACAACAACGGCAACUUAAAACAAUAUAUUACGAGUGAAUUUUUUCAUAAUGGUGUUCGUGCAAACCCUGAAAAGGUCUUGGGUGCAUUAUUUGAUCUACUUGAUUCAGAGGUGGAUUAG